AUGUUGGAUGCUCUGGAUUUCUUAUGGAUUUGUGGAAACGCGCCGGCGGACUUCAUGAAAGCUCCCGAUGGAGCAUCUGUCUGUGACCCCACUCCUACUCUGAUGACACCUGCUCAGUUUACUGGUGGUCCUCUGGCCCGCACAGCUUCACAGACCACGCCCACCCAAGCGCUGCCACAGUCUUCACUCUUCGGAGCUCCGCCCCCUUCUAAAUUCACUGAGGAGGGGUUAGGCUGGACCAAGCCUGCUUCAGUGGAAGCAUGGCAGCCCGUCCAUCACAAAAACCAGAGCGAGAAAAUAUUACAUCAGCACUCUGACCACAGGUUGCCAGAAGAUGAGAGGAGCAGCUCAGAGCCCCUGCUGCAAGAGGUGGAGAGGUUAAGAGAAGACAAGAAAAUGAUGAGAGCCGAGAUGGAGCGUCUGGAAGGAGGAGUAGAGUGUUUGAGAGAGCAGAUCAGAGAUCAGCAAAACCAAAUAAACAGACAGUGUAUAGAGCGAGAUGAAUUACACAGUGAGCUGAAGAGUUGCAAGACUGAACUGUGUAUGAGCCAAAAUGUGAUGACCGAUGCUGCACAGGAAGUAACCUUAAUGAGAACCCAAAUACAAGAAGUGUUAUCUGAGAGAGAUGAGCUGAAAAAUCAGCUGAGUGUCCUGAACAGCUCAUUGAUGGAACAGUCUGAGUGUGUGCAGAAACUGCACACAUACAUUGGCAGCAACAUCACAGAGAAAAAAGAAGAGGAAGAGCUUAGACGACAGAUACAGCAUUUAGAGAAAGAGAAGGAAGCCCUGUCACUAUCAGUCCAGCUGCUAAAUGUUCGAGUGAACGCAGCCAAUGACAUUUUGGCCAUUCAAGAGAAAGAGCUAGAUGAACAGGUGCAGACUGACCCGUUGUAUUCUGGCAGUAAAGCUGGGCAGAUUUUGAGUGUUUGUAGACAAAAGGUCUUCAUGCUGCUUGUUAAACUGCAGACUAGAGAUUUAGAACUUCACAUGGAGAAAACCCAACUACACAACAUGGUUUCCACUCUACAGCAGCAAGUAGAGUGUUUGCAGUCGCAGAACAGUGUCUUUCAGCACCAACUAGAGGACAAAACGGCUCAAUUGGAGUUACAGCAUGUACACAUUGCUUUGUGUGUGUGUGUUCAGGGAGUACAGCAGCAGUUGGACAGUGCUCUACAGGAGAGUGCUCAGCUGAAAGAGUGCAAUAAAAGCACAGAGGGAUCACUGAAUGAUAUCGGUGAAACGGCACACAGGGUGAUGUCAGCCGUAGAAAUGAAGGCAGGUCAGAUGGAAGCGGUUCAGUCCAGUGUAAGUCAGCUGAAUCAGAGACUCGCCUUUGCUGCCAAACGUCUGGACACAGUACAUGGUCUGCUGUUGAGGAAAGAAGCUCUUUGGAGAACCAAGAAAGCUGCAAGAUCUCCAGAGCCAGCAUUGUCAGAGAGCUUUAUUAAGAGUCUUCAGGCAGAGGUGGUGUUGUUGAAUGCAGAGAGGGACAAACUCACACAGGAGCUCAAAUGCACACUGGAACUACAGCAGCAGCGUAUGUACACAAACCUCAAUCUCAGUGUCUGCUGGAGAUUGUAAAGAGAGUUGCACACUGUUGCACACUGCAGGAGAGAGAGAGCUGGUACACUUGAAGUAAGCUCUGUAACAAAGCAGGGAGGAAUUGGAGGCAUCAGAAUCGAGCCGAAUGGAGAUGCAGAGACAAUGUGAAGAGAAUGAGGGGACCAUUGUGAAGCUCCAUGCUGAGAACCAGAGACUGUAGCAGCAGUGUGACUCAGGUGCACGAAGAACAAUGUGUGGAGUAACUGCAAUUUCCCGUCCCCACACAAAGCAUUGUGUAUUUACUUCACACUUCAAUUCCAUCUUAUUCUUUCAUUCUCAUUGCUAAUAGUCUAUUAACACUGUGAAACACAUGGUAAAUACUGCUUACAUCAAUUGCUCCAGGCAAAAUCAUGCACUGCUGAAGCUUCUGUGUAUCCAUCUAAUAUUUGCUCAGGUUGUGGAGUACAGUUGCUUAUUUUUGAAGAGGUAAAAGCUGAUUGUGGAUGUUUGUGUAGUUUUACAAAAGGUAUCAGUAUUUGAGAACGUGUGUGCAGAGAAGCUCAGGGACAUGGAGGCUCAACUCAACUCAGCAAGGAGAGAGCACACAAAAGCAGGUAUACAUACUUGACAUACAAAUACAAAUGUAAUGGUAUGGAUUUUUUAAAGUGUCUGCGCAGUCCUGGCUCAUUUGGUGGCCUUAGUGACAUAGGACACAACCUCUCACAUCUCACCAAGAAAAAAAAAAGGGAAAAAAAAAAACUUUAUUAACUUGUAGUAUAAAACUUUUUAUUUCAUUUAUUUUACAAUGUAUUUUUAUAAAUGUAGAAUUUUGAGAAUUUUAAUUUUAGACAUGCAGUAUUUAACAUAACUGAAUUUUGAAUCAAGUGGCAUAUUUUAUUGAUUUGUAUUUUUAAUAAUUUUUAUGUGAAUCAAGCUGCAUUUAUUUGAUAAAAAAUACAGUAUAUAAACAGUUGAA